AUGGCUUUCUACUCUGUCUUUGAGGAAACGUUGGAGAUCUGGACCUACUUUCAGGAUAUUUUAUUCCCACGGAUACAAGCUUUCAUCCUGGAAAUCUGGCAUGCUUACUCAACACCCGUCCCCUCAAACCACAAGCAGCUCCUGUCCUUAUUUCUGAUAUGCUGUUGUAUUGCUGUGUCGAUAGGAGGCCUCUUCUAUCGCUGGAUGUUUUCCUCACUGCAGUAUUCCUUCCAGUUCUCCAGUGCAACGGCUACCGCUGUUAGUCUUCUUGCUUUGUUGACCCUGUUCUUGGUACACCCUCUCCGUUGCAUGUUCACAAUGAUGGUGCCUACGUUAGGGACCAAGCAAGGGCGAAGGCUUCUUCUAUCUGCAUGCUUCAUGAUUGUGGCAGUAAACAUUGUUCCCAACAUCAUGAGCAAUAUCCAAGCCAUAUUGCAAGUCAUUAAAUGCAUCUGCAGGAAUUCCUCAGAGAGCCUCCUUAUCUCAACACAUCUUUUGGGAAAUGCUUCUUGGGAUUUCAGCCGCUAUCUCAAAGGAGUUGUUGAUUUUAUGCCAAAUCAAAUAGUGAAACCUAGAGACGGCCAUAUUCAGUUUGAAACAUACAACAACAGCUUCCUGCUGAGUCAGAACUUGAACAAGGCUAGCCAAAGGAUCAAAGAAGAUUUCUCACAUGUUGAAAUGUUGGCCCAGAAGGUCAUGCUAUUGGCCAACCGGAUCAUUGCUGGCUUCAUCCUCUUUUACUUGAUCUUUGAAUCGGCUUGGUACCUGAAGAGCUAUCUCACUGACCUCCAGUUUGACAAUAUUUACAUAACCAAAAAGCUGGAAGACUUGGCUCAGAGAAAUGAAGCCACUCACCUACUGGUUUGCUCACCUAAAAAACUGAUCAAGUCAACUGGUCUCAAGCUGACCCGAGAAGAAUUAAUGACAUGCUUAAGGCACAUGGUUCUCCUCACAUUAAUGCUGAUAUUGACACUGGUGAUCAUAGCAACAGAUUAUAUUGCCUUCCACUUGACACAAGCAAUGGUGGCUGAAGUCUCUCGAUUCCCUGUAGUGCCAAUUACAUUCCAGAUAAAAUAUGAUGUCAAACUGACUUGGUUGGAAUUUUUGAAGAAACUUUUUAAUGACGCUUUCCCAACAGGACAAGUUAUAUCUUCCUUUGAACGCAGCUACCACCAGAACUUGACCUUUGUCUCUGCUGAGUGCUCCAUGAAAUGGCCGUGCCCUCCGAAUGCAUCCGUGAUCUUUGCUGUUGGACUCCUUUAUUGCAUCAUUUAUGCCAUGAUAUUUCUGGAAACCUACUCGCACCGGCUUUGCCAGAAAAUUUCAGCCUCCUUUUUUGAGAGCCAGGAAGACCAGAGGAUCCAAUAUUUGUACAGGAAACUUGUUAAGAAACACAAGAGAAAAAAGCAAAAACAACAGCCCAAGGUGUUCGUGACUGUUGCUGGUUGCUGA